AUGGCCAGCAAGCGCAAGCCCAGCAUAACGCCUGGUAACAAUGCACCGAAGCCACCGAAUGCCAUGAGCGCAUUGCAGACUGUCAUCCGCAGCAAUGGGAGCCUUGACCGUCUAAAAGAGGUGAUUGAUGCCUCGAGCUUUGAUCUACCACGCGAUGAUAUUCUUGCAAUUGCGCUGUCCAUGUGCUGUCACAAAGGCAGGCUCGAUCUUGUUAAAUACCUGCUGGACGCUGGAGCGAACCCGAAUGCCGCCGUCAAAGGCCGACCUUUACUACCUCUAUUGCAGGCUGUAGAAACAGAUCGAGGACCUCAGAAGCAGCAACAGACCAAACUAGAUGCCCCAAGACUGACCAAGCACAAUGUGCGUAAUCCGGACAAGUUCGAAGAGGAGCGCGCAAGGCAAGGAAUUGCCAGGAUGGAAAAGCUGCGAUUGGAGAACGACCGUCUACAAAAAGAAGAUACUGAUCGCCACCGCAUCCUGGAGCUGUUGCUGGUUCAUAAUGCGGACCCGAAUUCUCCAGAUGACAAAAAGCGGACGCCACUCAUGCUUGCCAAGAGUAUCACAGUCAUGCAGAUGCUGCUCGACCAUGGUGCGGAUCCGUCGCCGAAGGAUCACGAAGGCAGGACGGCUCUGAUGUACGCUCGCCAGGCCGAGUGUGCAGAGAAGCUGCUUGACCACGGCGCCGAUAUUGAUGCCCGGGAUGAUUACCAAAGGACGGCUCUGAUACUGUCCAUCGUUGAGGACGAGGAUCCAGCAGUCGCCUUACUAUUGAUCAAGCGCCAUGGGCUCGGAAAUUCUCUUCGAAAUGCUGGCAUAGAAGCUGCGGACGAGAUGGGCCGGACAGUGCUUGUAACAGCAGUCUGGAAGAAUCGGCUUGCAGUGGUGACGAAGCUCAUAGAACAGGGAGCCAAUGUCAGUAAGAAAGACAAUCGGGGUCGAAACGUCCUGCAUCAUUUCACCGGUGACAGUGAUCGCAGGCUUGAAGAUGAGGAUGGUCCAGGUCCGAUGAUAUUUCGCCUUCUGCUUGCCAAAGUUGAACCAGGAGAUCUCAAGACCUGGGACUCGCGUAAAAGGACGCCGCUACAUUGGGCGGCCUCGAUAGGCCAUCUUUUUGCCGUGAGAACACUUUUAGGUCACACCGGCGUUGACGUAGAUGCGCGAGAGCACAAGUCCAAGACUGCGCUUCACUUGGCUGUCAGAUUGGCGCCUUCGUUGGACGGAACCGACACUGACCAGCCCAAAAGUGACGCAGGAUCAGUUCAUGUCCCACCUCCAGGUGGUUUCGUCACAUCCCGUGAUAAAGCUAGAUUCGAACAACAACAGAAGAUGCGGGAGAAGCAGAGGUUGGAAGAGCAGCAGAAACGAGCGGAGCUGCUACGAAGACUUAAAGAGGUCGUGUCCUUACUUCUUGAGCACAAGGCUGAUGUGGAUGCAGAGGCGGAAGGAGGCUGGACGCCUCUCCAUGUUGCGUGUCGAGAGCAAUAUGCUGUUGAGGUGAUCGAGCUGCUCCUUGCCAAGACAAGGAGUGUUGACCAGCGGACACAUACUGGCAGAACUGCUUUCCACAUUGCCUGUGAUGCCGGCAAUGUCAAGGUCGUGGAGCACUUAUUAUCGAAUACGAACGUGAAGGUGUUGACGAGAGAUAACUCGGGUAACACACCAUUACUGUCCGCGGCAUCGUGCGGUCAUAUUCGAACAUCUCCCUUGGCAUCUUGUGGCCACAAAGAGAUCAUACAACUUCUGGCGCCCUGGUCGCGCAGACAAGCUAGCGCUCUCUCACAAGAAGCUAAAGCAGCAGCCGAACAGUUCCAAGCUACUGUAGUGGACUUUGGUGAAUACAAAAGAGGCAACGAGGUGAAGAAGGUCAAGGUCUUCGACCUUCUCUACAAAGCUCCGGGCACGAGCCCAGCGGAGAAGAUGUCGACAAGCACGCUCUGCUCCGGCUCAACCCGAUUCCGCUGGAUACAUCUACCGUCGAACAAUGUCACCUGGUGUCAAGAUCUACUGACUAAACGAUUUAUCGAAGAAGGCGCGGAAGAUGGUCCAGGUUUCAAAGCUCUACAGCGCUCCUUCCUGCACCAACAUGGCGGAACAAAGCUUCAUUCGAAUUACAUGCGAGCACAGUGCGUCACUGUUGCUCGCUCGAAGCCCAACGAAACCAUGCCUCCAGCUCCGCCUCUAUCAACGCCAGCACCAAGGCUAUCAGUCAGCUUUGCUGCUCAAUCCGAGACGUCUUCUCAAAUGUCGGAGGACGACCGGGCGCCACCCGACACAACCGUCCACAGCUCUUCUCUGCGAGCCGACGAGCCCGCACAACCCUCCGGACCUUCCAUGCGAAGGUUAGACACCGAGCUAUCUGCAUCUCUCGGCGCUGCGCGAGAUGGUUCUGUCCAAGGCGGCCAUCUGCAGAACAACGGAGGUCUCCAGCCUAAUGCACACGAGCCACAAAAUGCCAGACUACUUCGACGAUCCUCCACAAUCAACUCACAAGCCGCUUUAGAUUCACGGCCGCCAUCGCGGAAGGUGGUGAUCAGUAAUAUCAACUCUUCUGCGGACCACAGCGUCUACAUGUUCGCGCCAUACCUACACUUCGAGACCGAUCUAGAACGUCAGGAGAUGCAAGCAGUCGCUUUCUCAGCCACUGCUGGAGGGGAGAGGGGAGAGAAGCAGGUCAACUUUUCACCACGGAAUCCGGUACACCAGAUGAGUGCCGAUGAGCUACUCAUCCGAGCUCAUCUCAAGCCACCGAUAUCUGAGCUACACAUGCGUCGAACACUCGACCAGUCCUUUUAUCGCACAAUCGAUACCGAGUAUCGCGACAACACGCAGGUGGUAUAUCGAUAUGCUAAGCGCUACGGUAUACCUCCCGAUCAACUCAAAGUCCUGAUGGUCGAUCAAUUGUGGAUGUGGGUGGUUGGGAAAGAUCUGCUAGUCACCAGUUUUCCGCAACGAUGGCGACAGCCGCGAGAAGAUCCACUGAACGUGCUGGAAAGCACGAUCGAAGAGAUCAACUCCAAUACUGGGGAUGCCGUGGAUAGCAUUUACGACCUUGCUGUGCUGAUUGGUGGUCGAUGCUUCGGUACCUUUGAUCGUUCAAGCAUUACACGAGAUGGCUCUAGAUUUCUGGACAUGUUCGAGAGCGAGAUUGGACGAGCUAUGGAGUCCGAGACAAAUCUGUUCAAGGCCUUUACAGAUGCCUCACAGCAAGUGUCGCUCGAUCUACGGCGGCGGCAGCAGUCUUUACAGCGUGCUGAGCAGCUCGAACACGCUCCAAGUGGCAAAGAACAAGUGGAGGAGAUCUGGAAGGCUUCGGACGAAGUACGAUCAUAUUCGAAUAGGAAGGAGCGCGCCUUUGAUACACUGCUUGAUAUUGGCCAGGAGACGGCACUUCUUUCCGAGGUAAAGGAUAUCCGGGAUGAGCUUGAUAUGUUGAAGAUGGUGUUUGAGCAACAGCAUCAAGUACUGAACCAAGCAUAUUCAGCCAUGGAAAUUAUUCUCGGGUCCGAAGAUGAGUUGGAAGGUAAUCCUGAAAUCGCCUUGAAGAAACGAAAGAUCUCGAAACGCUUGGAGCAGAAUCGUCGGGCUGUCGAUCAUUCGAUACGAGAAGUCGAGCGCAUGGACAAGCAAGCCGAUCGGAUCUAUAAGUCUAUGCGUGACCUGCUGGAUCUGAAGCAGAAAUAUGCUAAUGCUAUCGAGGCGCGGUACUCCCGAGUGCAAGCAGAGUUCAGCUACAAGCAAAGCUCAGAGAUGGCUUCGCAAGGACGUGAGGGUGCUAGGCAGGGUCAGACGCUGAUGGUGUUCACGAUUGCCACGGUCGUCUUCCUGCCGCUGUCAUUCAUCGCAUCCUUUUUCAACUUGCAGAUUAUUGAGCUGCCGCAUCCUGGAGGCGCCCAGGAGUUGUCUUUGGCGUUUGCUUCCAAGUACAUCUUUGGGAUUGGUCUCUCGUUCGCUUUCGCCUGCGUCUUCGUCGCCAUGUGCUGGGAUCGACUCGAGGUUUUUGGGAAGUGGCUAUGGGUGCUGACCUUUCCGCAAGGCGCCGCUGCUCACUGGGCGAACAAGGAGCUGCAGCAGUUGCAUGAGCUACAUCAUCUUGAUCAUUCUCUGGUGGAGAGUAAGGCAGCGAUCGAUGGCUCGAUGCACUUGUCUCGUAGUCGGAGCCAUCAGCGUUUGAGUCAGAGCAGGAUCAGGCAGCCGACGUUGGAUGAGAGCUUUGUUGGGUGGCAGGUCUGA